CGUCGCUAGUCCUUCCCCAAGCUCAGUGCUUGCUGGCGAGCAGGCACUGAAUGCGUCGCCAGCUACGCUCGACGAGAGGCAGCACAGCUUUUCUCUCCGCAUCCGAGGCACACGUCCGAUAGGCGGACCUCUAGACCACGGCAGCAGUCUGCAACAUUCGGGUGUGAGUCCAGCGCGGAUUGCGGGGCACCCGCGCUCCAGCGUGCCUGCGCCGUCCCCUGGCGCUAACCGCCUGAAGUUCAACCGAAGCAAGAGUCAGCAAGGCGCGGGUCCAAGCAAAGCCGCACAGCACGCUGCACUCGCGGCCGUGGCGCAGCAGCAAGCCGCAGCGGACGCAGCAGCAGCAGCUGCUGCUGCUGGAGUAGGAGCUUCGACUGGAGGGGAGGGCGCAUCCUCUUUGGGAGGAGGCCAAGGGCAGUCCCUGCAAACGACCGCCUCCGCCUGGACGAAUGUCACCAAUAAUAUGGACGUCGACUACGGACAGGACUUCAUCGAAGAGGAAGAGGACGCGCUGGCGCAGACGCCGCGUGAGAACAACCCGUUCCAGCUGUCGGCGGAGAUGCUGCGCAACAUAGUCACGCCACAAGACGUAGCCAUCUACAAUGAACAGCACACUGACGGAUGCUGGUCCACCGACGAAGAGGAAUUACAAGCGGCAGGUGCGAAUGAAGCAGACCUGCCCCCCGGUGUUGGCAACCAGAGGCUCCUUACGUUGGGCGGCGCCGGGGCGGGUAUCGAAAACCCACCAGGCGUCGCGGGUUUUGGCCCGCAGCGUGGACACGACCACGAGCAACGGGUGAAUCAUCUGCUGCGGGUGCAUCUACAGCCAGGACACGAAGAAGACGCCUUUUUGGGUCUAGGCGGAAGUUCUCUGAGUGGUUCCUCAUAUUUGGAAGAUCUGGACGGCAGAACCACGCAUCGAGAAACAGCCAGUUCCUUGCUCUCGGACCAAGACGACGGUGGGCGCGGUUGCGCCGUUUCAGAGGCGGCGGACGAAUCUCUGCGCGGCGAUGCUUCCGCUAGCUGCGUGGAAGAGUCAGAAGUACCAGAGGACGACUAUGAAGACGGACUUGCGCAGCAGCCCAUCGUAUCUCCAUCGAAAAAACGUUCGUCAAAAGGACGCCGAUCCGGUGACAAAUCUUCGAGAAGGAAAAUAAAAGUGUCUACGUCUAGAAGCCAGGUCUUCAGUGACAACAGUGUUGUUCAGGGUGACGCGCGUCAACAUCAAGGGCUGCUGUCUCCUCCAGUUGCUAAGGCCAUGGCUGGCAGAUUCAGAAACCCGCAGAUCUCGGGCGGCCUCUUGUCUAGCCUGGAACUCGACCUCGCGUCGCCUCGCUCAGGAAGGAGCACACGGGGAUCCAGCAGGAGAAACAAUAAAGUACGAAGAUUCUGUCAUCAACAAGCACUACUAGUAGAACAGCACAGACACUUAUAGACUCUUUCCGAGUUGCAACAACUCGAUACACUAUUUGAUUUGAACCUUUCGUGACCUUCAGUCACGCUUCUCAAGAUGUCUUUGCAUGUACUUUUUGUUUUGAGAGUAGCUACAUUAAGUAUACAUUAGAGACCUUCGUGUUACCAAUGAAUCUUAAAACCUCACUCCACAGUACAUUCCACAUGACAGACCGUUAUACCAAUCUUCUCAAAAUCUAAUACCACAGGAAUCGCGUGGCAGCGUAUCACGGCAGAGCGUUGACAGCUUCACAGAGAUGUUUCCCCUAGAUUACUCGCGGCCGACCACCACCAUCCUCGAAGAGCAUGAGGAAAAGUACCAUAGCAUAUCUUAACCUUUGCACAAAGAACGAAACGAAACUAGAUUUCGUAGCCAUAGCUCUCUUAAAUUCUUUUCGCAACAAGCAUUCGAUGUAGGAACAUUGCAUGAAUAUACUUACGAUUCUUGAUAGACUCCUCACCAUUCAAUUGUUGACGAUUUUGAUAUUUUCAAAUUUGAAAUUUAUGAAUUUAAAAUUGCAUUUUAGAUUUUUCAGAAAAUUUGCUUUUAUCUCCUUUUAUUCAAAUUUAUUUGCUGAUGGUUAGGAAAUCUGAAAUUGAAGAAUUACAAAUUCCAAAUCGAGUUUUUGCAAAAUGUUUGCUUUUAUUGCCUUUAAUCACAUUCAUUUCCUGAUGGUGAGCUUUUAUGGUUGUUACUUUGGACUCAAAUCAUGUUUGCUAUCAUUCAUCUCCUGAAUGAAAGUUUCAUAGUGACAAUGAUAAAGGCACUGAAAUGUUCUCUAGGAGGUUAAAGGUGUGAGAAGUCGAAAUACGCUUCUUGCCACUUAGUUUUCUAUUUGUGAUGUACCUGCUAGACUCGUGAUCCAUAAGUCAAUGUAUCCUAGGUGAAGGGUGUAGCACUCAAUUGACUUGGUUCUUCCUCACCUUGCAAUGACGGACUGACCUUUCACAAUUUUCAGCUUCCACGAUCUGACUGCGUCGAUGCUGCAGUCGAACCUAACCGAGGGAGACGGGUUGCCCUCUCUGACGCUGCCAGGGCGUGACAAGAAAACGAGGCGAAAGGAAAAGCGAAGCAUAAAUGCAUCUCCAGUGUCUACCGCUCGCUCACAUCAUUAAGAGCAGGUUCUCUGACGUAAGAAUGUUCAUGUUGUCAUGGUACGGGUUAAGCAAUCAACAUAUAGUAACACUUUUGGUGACCAUGGGUGUUGAUCCGAUGAUAAGAAUGUGAUGAAUUUAAAUUCUCUUUGCUCUUUCCUGUCCUGUGAUGCUCUCAGAAUGUUGGCUUGUUGAAUUUGAUCUGCUUUAUCCCUCUGCUGCGUAUCUGAAUUUCAAUGCGUCCCAUGAUCUGAAAAAGGUGAGAUCAUAUGUGGUGAUUUCAGAUUUUGAAGAUCACACACGUUUACAUUGUUGUUGAGUAUGAUUAUUUUCCGUUGUAGAACAUGUAGACAUGUUUUCUCUCCUCUAUCGAUGUUUGUGUUUAUAUCCGCCAUUGUUCGUCCACGCAUUUCUUUAUCCACCUUUGUACUGUGUUCUUGCUUCUAUCAUUCUUGUGCAUAUUCCCCUACAUCACGACCUGUUUGUUUUUCAAUUUUUCAAUUUUCCAUUUUCAAUUUUCAUCUCUCUGUUAAUAUCUACCCAAUUUGGCGCAUUUCCGAAAAAACUACGUCCCACAAGACUUGAGAUGCUAUUACCCUCAUUCAUGUGUUUUCAAAAAACCUCUUUGGUUUUUAGGUUGCAGGAGUAGAACGAAGCACCC